AUGUCAGAAGAAGUAGACUCACACAUUGUGGAGAAUUACGAUAUUCAAAAACGUUUGGGGAAAGGUGCUUAUGGAAUUGUUUGGAAGGCUGUUGAUAGAAGAACAAAUGAAGCUAUAGCUUUAAAAAAGAUUUUUGAUGCUUUUCGGAAUGCUACAGAUGCGCAGAGAACUUUUAGAGAAAUUAUGUUUUUACAAGAAUUUGGAAGGCAUCCAAACGUUAUUAAAUUGUAUAAUAUUUUGAAGGCUGAUAAUGACAAAGACAUUUAUCUUGUAUUUGAAUAUAUGGAGGCUGAUUUACACAAUGUAAUCAAAAAGAUGACUAUUCUUAAGGACAUACACAAACAAUAUAUAAUGUGUCAACUCUUCAGAGCCAUCAAAUUUUUACACAGCGGCAAUGUUCUUCAUAGAGACUUGAAACCGUCAAAUGUAUUAUUGGAUGCUGAAUGUAGAGUAAAGUUGGCAGAUUUUGGGUUGGCACGCUCUUUUAGUCAAAUGGAUGACUCCCUAGAUGGAUCCAAUGUACCCGAAUUAACAGAAUACGUAGCAACUAGAUGGUAUAGAUCGCCUGAAAUUCUGCUUGCUGCCAAGCACUAUACAAAAGGUGUUGAUAUGUGGAGCCUUGGUUGUAUAUUGGCAGAAAUGCUGUUGGGGAAAGCUCUUUUCCCUGGUAGUUCUACAAUUAAUCAAAUUGAACGUAUUAUGAAUACAAUUCAAAGGCCUUCUAAAAAUGAUAUUGAAAGCAUUGGAUCUGCUUAUGCUUCCUCAGUUCUAGAAAAAAUGCCACAAUGGCCAAAAAAGCCGUUAGAUAUAGUUUUAUCACAAACUACUCCAGAAGCUUUAGAUUUAGUUUCAAGACUUCUCAUCUUCGCCCCACACAAGAGAUUAAACGUUGAGCAAUGUUUAGAACACCCAUAUGUCUCUCAAUUUCAUAAUAAAGCAGAGGAACCGUCGCUAGAUUAUGAAGUUAGGCUUCCUCUUCCUGGUGAGAAUUAA